AUGUUACACAAGCUCUCUUCUAAAGUGAGCGACAGAAUUCACAAGUACAAUCUGCUCAGCCAGGAUAAAAACCAACAGGCCUUUCAAAUUGCUGGAAAAGACGAUUGCAAAGGGUAUAAAUCAUGCGUAUAUUUCUCAAAUUGGUCCGUCUACGGACGUAAGCAUUUUGCCAUAGAUAUACCUGUAGAAUUUGUGACUCAUGUCUUUUAUGCUUUCAUCACUAUCGAUGCCAAUACUGGAAAUGUCAAGUUCACAGACGAGUGGUGUGAUCUCCAAUUGCCGUUGGAAUCGCCUGUAAGUUCCAAUCAGAAAGUCACUGGUUCAAUUCAGCAACUUUUCCAGAUGAAGCAGCUUAAUCGUCAUCUCAAGGUGGUGAUGUCAAUUGGAGGCUGGGGGACUGAACAUUUGUUCCAGGCUGUGACGAGCGAUCAUGCGAAGCUAGACAAUUUUAUCAAUAGUGCUGUGAAGUUUGUUUGUGAAUACGGUUUUGAUGGAAUUGAUAUCGACUGGGAGUAUCCUCGCAAUACCCAUGAAUGUAAACAGCUUGUAAAGUUACUUUCAGGAUUGAAGCAGAAGUUGAACCUCGUGUCUCCAGAUUAUUUGCUUACAAUUGCCUCACCUGGGGGCGACGAAAAUAUUGAAGUUUUGGACUUUCCAGAGUUGGACAAGUAUCUUUCGUUCUGGAACGUCAUGUGCUACGACUUCUGUGGAGAGGGCUGGUCAACCAGAACGGGGUAUCAUUCCAACUUGUACGGCAAUAAUGGGGAUAAUAACUUGAGUGCUAGUAACAUCAUUGAAAAGUACAUUCAGCAUGGAGUUUCUCCACAAAAAUUGAUUCUUGGUAUGCCAUUAUAUGGACGAGUAUUCCAUGGAGCUCUGUCUCCGACUGUAGGUCAUUCUUUCACCAAAGAAAUACUUCCUGGCUCUGUAAAUGGUGAUACUUGUGACUAUAAGCUGUUGCCUAUUAGUCAGGAGAGUUUUGAUGAAAAGACGGGAAGCUGUAGCUACUACGAUAGCCAAACGAAACAACUCUUUGUCUACGAUAAUCCUCAGGUGGCUCGGAUGAAGGCUGAUUUUACUAGUAAGUAUAAACUUGGUGGAGGCAUGUGGUGGGAUUCAUGUGGAGAUGUUGCUAUCAAAGAAAAGGAGAGAUCUCUUAUUUAUAACUAUAUCCAGCAGCUUGGGGGUAGUGCAGCAUUAGAGAAGACUCCCAACCAUAUCUAG